AUGGACAGCCAUGAGGCGGAUACUCCCGUGAAAGCCAACACUACUCAAAAUUCCUCCUUGGAUCAAAGGAUGCCGGAAACGGAGAGCACAAGUCCAGCUACCAUCCAAGAGGACGGCACUAAUGAAAAUAAUGAAAAUGAGGACGAUGAAGUGUCGAAUCCGCAGAGUGCCACCCAUUUGCCACAGGAAGUAGGUGACGCUGCUGUUGCUGCUGCUGUUGCUGCUGCUGUAAUUCGAAAAGAAGAAGAAGACACGAAUGAGCCCGUGGUAGUUUUGGAAAUGGACGCGGCUGCCAACGGAGAAGGAGUCGACCAAAAGAAGAUAAAAAGCAGCAACAAACGACGGAGCGGUGGUCACAACAAAUCCAUGUCUUCGAUAUCCUACAAAACGCGGAAAAGAGGGAGAAAAGUCCGAAUCGCUCCCAUCAAUGACCUCCAACCAUCUGAGAAGACUACUUUCCCACCACUGCCCAAGAAUCAAUACGAAACCACCUUGAUACGGAGGGCCGUUCGGAAAGGAACACCGUCUAAAAGUAGUAAUACGGACGACUCGGACGAUGAGUAUGGAGACGUAUCUCUUGGUAUGAAGUUGACCGUUGUGCGUGGACGAGUCAUUGUCCAAAAAAUGGCGACUUUGGCCGAUGGUCGGGCGUCGCCCGCUCAACUCACGGGAAUAAUUCAACGAGGGGACAUUUUGUUGUCCAUUGGCAAUGUUUCCUUACUUCAAUUGCCCAUUGACAAGCUCAUGGGGGGAUUGAGUCCGCUUAGUACACCAGGCAAGGAUGGUAGAUACCAAAAAGUAUUACGACUGCGAUUCGAAUCCUCCAAAAGCGGACUCAAAGCCCUUCAGAAGCACGAAGAGGAGGAAGAAUUCAAGAAAAUGGCGCUAGGACAAACUGAAGGAAUGCUGGAUCCGGCGAAUGAAAUGUUUUCCCUCUUUCCAAUGGCCGAUCAGCUGAGUGGAGCUCCUUUGCUAUACACCCAACCGUAUUUGCCAGAAUUUGAAAAGAAAAAGGGAGUGACAGGAGUGAUCAAAGAAGAAGACGGGGAGGACGAUGACGACGACGAAGAAGAAGACGAGGAACCACCAGAGAACGAUGUCAUGAUGUCGAAAAGCCCAAAUAGUAUCAUAGCAUCGACGAUUGCGACAGAAACCAAAGAAGACACGGAACGAUUAACCAGUGAAUUCUUUGAAUGGUCCGAACGGGUUUCCACGCUCAUGAAAAAGGCGGUACAAAUGAUGGACCAAAUGGACGACGACCAAUUCGCUGGCUUGACACAGACGGAAAGGACGGAGCUCGGAAGAAGAGUCAUGAAACUUGCCAAAGUAUUAUCCUUUACCAUGGAAGAUAUGGACAAGGGCAAGGAUCUACGAUCCUUCAAAAUUUGGAGUAGCAAUUUCAGUCUCCGAAGUUCGGCAAGUGCCCGCAGGCGAUACGUCAUGGAUACAGUUUCUCUUCGGUCAGGGAGGGCCAAUGAAAUGGAGACUCCAAUCGAAGACGAUAGUGAUGACGACGGCUCGCAAGAUGGUUCUGGAUCCUUGGAUGGGGUGGAUGGGGAUGAGUUGUUACUGGGUUUGGCGGCACGGGAUGAUGUCUGGCAGAAGCAAGUCAUUCAAUUUUUGGAAGAAUCGAUCAAGGAAAUGGAAAAGAAGAUACAGACAGAAAAUGAUGAAGAAGAAAAGUCACCCGACGAUGCUCAACAAGCGGAUAUUAGCUCGGCAAUUACCAAGGAACUUGGAUCCUUUCUGUUCGGCGAGAACAUGACAAAAAUAAUGAAGAAAAAGAAUAAACGAUCCUAUGUCAUUCCACCGGAAGAAAUCACCACGGUUCUGUUUGAUUUGACGACAAUUCUUUCCACUUCCGCACCCGACGAGAUUACAGUUCUGGGACCGUCAGUGAGCCAAAGCUUCCAGUCCAGUUUGGUUUCAGGAGGAAAGUCCAAGACGGCCCGACGGACCAACGUUUUGCUCGCCAAUCAGUACCUACUCAACCAAGCACUGCCAGUGUGGCUAGAAUCAUUUCGACCAUUGUCCUGGGAGCAAAGGCGUGUUUUGUGGCCACGGGAUACUGGUACUCCUGUCCCGGGUGGGACGGUUCCUUCGGAGGACGAUGACUUGACGCUGGAUGAUAGUUUCGAUUCUUCCCCAAGUCUACUCAGCAAGCAAUCCAAAACGAAAACGAAAGAUAUCCGUGAGAUCAUUGAGGAUCAGGAGUUGGACAUUGAAACUAGAUCAGAAACCUGCUUUCUGGUGACGUAUUACUUUACGCAAAACCUCCUCGAGCCCUUUCUGAAUGGAGAAGAAAAAGACAUUAAGACUGCCGAAAAAGAAGCAGUAGCAUUCAUUCAGAAAUAUGGAGCAUACUUGCAGCUGCAUACGAGUCUAUCUUCGGCAGCUGCAGCCAAGGCUGCAACUCCAAUCAAGGAACUCUUGAAAUUGGCAAAGCGCGACCCUACUCAUCGAGAAGCCAUGCGUCAUAUGAAGGCUGCUGGUUCUUUGGUAUUUUAUGACAUGCGAAAGCUCUCAGCUGUAAUCGAGUUACUGAACUGUCUUCGAUUCAAGGAGAAUACAAAACGUCGAGAUCUAAUUCGAAACAUGUGUGUUUCCGCAUACCCAGAUUUACGGCCGUGGCAAGUGCGAAAAGCUUGCUUGAACAUUGACAAACCCGACACCAGACUACAAAUGACGGAGGAUGAGAGUUGGCUGAUGGACUAUUAUUAUGAAUAUCUUUCAAUGUUACUACAUCCACAGCAAGGAAACGAGUCCGCCCGUGCGGAUAGAGCAAUAGUGAAAGAAUGGUGCGAGUGGUCCAUUGGAAUCCUACCGUCCGGAAUCGAUCAAAAGAAUGGCAAAGUGGCCAAACGGCGAGACAACUUUUUCCGUGUUGCGGCUCGUUCAUCAAGCGACCAUUUAUCCUAUCGUCGAGAUUUGGAGACACUGUUGAAGCUGAGCAUGAAGGCAGAAGAGCAUGAGCUGGCACUCGACCUCGGUACUGAAAUUCUUGACUCUAAGAAAUUGCUUCGACGUACCAACAUUUCUGAAGUGGUUUUGACUGAAUUGCGAAUCGUGGCAUUGAAAGCCCUGAAUGCAGCCAGCACCGAAAAUGGAACCGAAGAAAGCAAUGGAUUCAAGCUCCUGAAACGAGUAUUGAAACUGUUUCAAGACAUGUCCUCGAGUGAGAUUGAAAAUUGCCGUGAUGCUAUUACUGUUUCAGACGAGUUGUAUUCCCUAUUUGAACACUGGAAGGUCAAAGACGAUUUGAAGGGCAACGAUGCCCAAAUGCUCAAAUUGCUAGAUUUUGUGAUUGGUCAGUCUGCCCCCGAGGAUGUGUUGAAAGCACUUGCCAGAUGGACACUAGAAUAUUUGGUGGAUGAUUCUUCGAUGCAUUCUCGUUUGGAAGAAUUGCUGAAGCGGGGUGUUGAAGUCGCCAUGAAGAGCGGGGAACCUAGUUUGUUUCGAUUGCAGCAGGCUCGACAGGGUUACUCGGAAGAAAACCAAGUGUUGGUCGCUGUCAAUGUUAUUGAAGACAAGGUGCAACCAGGCAUUUGGAGUCGAUUGGAAACUGGAGAUUUGCGACUUGAAAAAUAA